CGUGUCCUCUACACAGCCCCUGCCUUCUGAACUACAUACGGAGAGAGAACCUACACUUCUACAGCCAUGAUGACUGGCGUUCUGAAGAUGCUGUGCGUUCUGCUCUGUGCAGUGUUCACUUCUGCUGAUGUCAUGCCCAUGACUGACUUCAACCUGGAAAAGAUGGGAGGGAAGUGGUAUCUCGUUGGCUUUGCUACAAAUGCGAAAUGGUUUGUCAGUCACAAGGCUGACAUGAAGAUGGGAACUGCCAUGAUGGUGCCUACCGAGGACGGAGACCUUGAUCUCACUUGCACUAACCUGAAACGUGAUGGUUCCUGCUGGAGAAUGACACAUCUCGCCAAGAAAACCGAGACGCCAGGACGGUUCGUCUUCCACAGUCAGCGUUGGGGAAAUGACAAUGACAUGCGUGUGGUUGAUGCCAAAUUUGACGAGUACGCUCUCGUGCACAUGAUCAAGACCAAGGGAGAUGUUUCUGAGGUUCUCAACAAACUCUUGAGUCGUACCACCGACAUUUCUGAUGAUUUGAAGGAGAAGUUCAGGCAGUUCUCUCUGGACACUGGCGUCCUUGAGGAAAACAUUGCCAUGCUGCCACCAAAUGGAGAGUGCUCAGCUGCCUAAGGAUCUCAUCCAAAAGACCAAAAAAAGACAGACAUCUCCUGCUGGUCCGAUCAUUUCACCUAAAAACAGAUGGGAAUUUGCUGGCCUUCUGUCUGCUUGGUUUUCAUCUCUUUCUUUUCGUAUAGAAGCAUAAGUUUUUCUUUUUACACAUUAGGUUGUGCUAACAAUGACAAUCCAUUUUGCAACUACAGAGCUUAUCUAAAGAACCUCUCAAUCCUCUUAAAUGUUUGUCUCUGGUGGUUUUGUUUACUGCUCUUAGAUAAAAAUUGGUUUACAAAUGACAAAA